CAACAGUAAUAAAUAAUGCAAACGUAAAACUGAAUUUUUUGCACAAAAAACAAAAAAAAAAAACGAUAACUGCAAUUAUAGUGAGAAUAAGAAGACGCACAAAAAAACUUCCAACAACAGCCAAGAAGGCGCAAAUUAACCAACUAUGAAAGCAACAAUUAAACAACACGUUGAACACGUUGUUUUUCGAGCCAAUUUAAAUCAAAACCAAAAUCAGCCCACAUUUUAAACAACAACAACAAUAGUAAACAAAGAAAAAACGCGUACAAAUAAAUGAAAAACGCGUACAAAUAAUAAUAAAAUGAGAAAAAAGCAUACCAAAGAAAUAAAUUAAGUAAAAUCCACAAAAAAUUAUUGCUGAGCUGUGGAAAAUCGCACGAGUAGCAACAUUAAAUAUAUAGUAAAUAAUAACAAUAGCAAAAAUUCCGCCAGCGCAGCUGUUUGUGUGCGCGCACGCCCAUCUUGCCAGCCACCGCCACCAGCCACUCUGACAGCCAGCCCUACGACUGUGAAAAGUUGCCUGCCGCGUGCACAGCCGUUGCCGCUUAUUUUGAUUGCAGAAGCAGAAGCGUUAGGCCACCAACUUGGCAACAACACUGUUCAAGCUGGGCUACAACAAAAAUCACCACCACUACCACAACAUCAACAACAACAAUAAGCACAACACUUACGACGGCUCAGUCUGAGCUCGUUGUGGCUGUGCAACAGUUGGAAUUGCCCCUAUUUAAGCCCAACUCAACACGGACGGACAGACGCUCCGUUACGCUGAGCGCACGCCGCAUGCCUGCCCGUGGAUGCCCGUAUCUCUGUUGCAUUUGUAUUUCGUGGCUUUGCUUUCAUUUUUUCGCGCUUUGACUUUUCAAUUUCCAACGAUUUUUUUGUUGUUUGUUUAACUGUAUUACAUUUUUUUUUGUUUCUGUUUUUGUUUUGUUGGAAAAUUUAAACGCCAACGCGUUUUGUAAGCCACAUAAGCGGAGCUGCAGCCACAGCCACAGGCACACACACACACACACACACCCACACACACACAAAGUCAGUCGCUGCUCAUCACGACUGUUAUGAUGUGCUCACCGAGUGGCUUCGUUUUCGUUUUAAUCGCAAUUUUAAUUUGGAAUUGUUUGCAUUUGGGUUGUGCCGUGCAUGACAGCAGUAGUAAUAGUGGUAGCAACAACAACAGCAACAGUAACAACAACAAUAAUAACAAGUCAAGUGUUAGCAAUCGUUUUUGGUUCAGCAACAAAAACACAGCGAACCACAAUCGCUUGUUGCCCGAGCCCGGCGGACGCUUAGCUGUUGCUCGAAAUGUAAAUGAUCGCAAAAGUGGUAAUAUCAGCAACAGUAAUGGCAACGAUCGCAGCGGCGAUAAAAUUGGUAGCACCCACAAUAGCCUCAGCGUCAGCAACACCAAAACCAAGUCCAGCAACAAUGACGCUGUUCGCGGUCGGCGUUUGCGCAUUGAUAUCACGCGGAAGCACAGCGUUCAUCUGAAUGGUGUCGAGAUUAACGAAGAUUCAUUGGCAAAUCAUUUGGCGGAACAUGAAAAGGAGUUAAUAUUUGGAAAAGCGAAAGAUGGGCGUCCACUCAAAUUGGUGCAUUUGCAACAUCUAACAGAUGCCAAUGACGACAAUGGAGUAAGCAAUGCUGCAGUUGGGUCGACAGCACACAAGUCAUCGCAUCGAGUUAGACGUUCCGACACCAGUGCCACCGCAGAUGAUCAAAGUGAUGGCGGCAGUGGCGGCGCUCAACCGCAAGUGGCAAGUCAAAGUGAGGAGGAGGUCGUUUCUGUGCAAAUAAAAGACCACGAACAGUCGGUGCACCUACAGCUGCGCCAGACACCGAAACUAAUCGACGAUGCUUUUGUAUUCAUCCGACGCUAUGCCAACACGUCGCAGUUCAUUGAAGAUUCGCAUAAAUUAGCGGAGCGAUACGAGCGGUGCUUUUACAGUAAUGAAAAUUCAGCACUUGACCUUUGCGAUGAUGAAAAUGUGCGCGGCGUGUUUCAUCACAAUUCCACCAACUACAUUAUACAUCCACUGCCAGCACGUUUCGGCAACUCUACCCAUGUAAUACUCAAGUCCAACUAUGACUUGCCACCAAAAAAGGUACUAGAUACUGCCGUUAUGCCACUGGCAGCCACUGCACUCAAUACAAGUUCAUAUUUCGAACCCGAGGAAGAGGAGUUCAAUGAGUUGGACGAUUUGAAUAUAGAGUCCACUUUAAGUGAGGACAGACUACGUCCAGCGCGUAAUAGCGGCCAUGAAGCCAACGAAGAUGGAGAACCUGAAGAGAUACAUAACUACACAUAUCAUCACAAAGGGAGCGGUGAUAAUUCAAGAAAAUAUUUGGAGUUAAACUUACGGUAUAAACCACGUUAUCAUCACAACAGCGCACAGAAGCCGCAGCUGCAUGAGCAACAGUUGCAACACCUGAAAUAUCAACAUCAUCAGCAGCAUAACCAGCAUCUGCAACAACAAAUAAAUAAGCAGAAAUCAAAUAAAGUGCCACAACGGCGAAGAAAACAAAAAGAACAUCACCAUAAACACCAAAAACAACAAGAGAUACAUGACGGAGCAACAUUUACACAUGAACACAGCGACGUCUUCGUACACAAUAAAAAGAAAAAUAAAGAAACUAGCGCUGAAAGCGAGAACAACGCUGAACAUGACGAUAUAACAAAGCAACGUCAUCGUCGUCGUCGGCGCCGUUAUAUCGCCAGCGGCAACUCGAAAAUACCACAAGAUCUGUUCAUCGAGACAGCGAUCUUCGUUGAUCGUGAUCUCUUCAAGCAUAUGUCGAAGAAUUUUCCCGACAACACCGAAAGCCAAAUGAUACGCUUCGUCUUGGCAAUGAUAAAUGCCGUGCAAUUGUUGUAUCAUGAUCGUUCGUUGGGGCGUCGCAUAAAUUUCGUACUGAAACGUUUGGAGAUACUCUACAAUGAUCCACCGAGUUUACGGCGUUCCGAUGAUAUCGAUACAUAUUUGAGUAAUUUUUGUGAGUGGCAACAGCGUUUAAAUCCGCCGCUGGACACCGACACUAUGCACUACGAUCACGCAGUCAUCUUGACGGGUCUCGACUUGUAUGUAGUGGAUAAAGGCGGCAAAAAGAUCAGUCAGGUGGUCGGUCUUGCACCAGUGGCCGGCAUGUGCACAAAUACGUCUUCAUGCACCAUCAAUGAGGGCAAACAUUUCGAAAGUGUUUUCGUUGUGGCGCACGAGAUCGGACAUAACCUUGGCAUGCGUCACGAUACAGUUAGCGAACGGAAUUGCGAUCCCACGCGCUACAUAAUGUCGCCCACACUGGGCAGCGGGAAGACGACGUGGUCGGACUGCUCGCGUGAUUAUUUGGAGAAGUUUUUACGCAAAGGUUUGGGCAGUUGUCUCUUCGAUCAUGGUCAAUUCGCGAACAACUUGGACCAUUCGGCGGAGGGUAUUUUGCCUGGUGAGCGUUUUGAUGCCGACCAGCAGUGUAUGCUUAAGUACGGUCACCAUUCGAUGCGUGCCAAAAAUCAAAAGCAGGCCGAUAUUUGCACAGAUUUACAUUGUCAGCGUGAGCGCUAUACGUGGACAUCACAUCCGGCCUUGGAGGGCACUGAAUGUGGUGCCAAUAUGUGGUGUCGUAGUGGUACUUGUGUCAUACGUCCGACAUAUGUGGAACCCUAUCACACGCCAAAACUUAUAGCGAGUGCCACCAAAGUUGGUUAUGAUAAGGCGAAUUUCUUGGAAUCCAGUAAAAUGGGUCAUCUGCUGCAUGAGUAUAACUAUAAUAAGCCCGUCAGUUGGAGUGAAUGGAGUGAUGCGAGUGAUUGCGCCUCCGGUUGUCUGUAUGGACCUUCACGACGUCUGCUCGAAGGUAGCACCGGUCUGCGAACAUACUCACGACGAUGCAUCGACCAUCGCCGACGUUGUCUUGGACGUGAUCAUAAAUACGAGGCUUGCAUAGCUAAAGAUUGUUAUAGCUUGAAAAUCGUGAUGACGAUCGAUGAAUUCGCGUACGAUAAAUGCAGUCGAGCGCAGAAAUCUGAUGCGGAGCUGACGGGUGAGGGUGUGCAGAUAAUAGGCGAUAUAGAGGAAUCUUGCAAAGUUUACUGCCGCACAAAAUCGAAUGGCACCAAAACACGCCGCUGGACAUUCCCAGAUGGUACAACAUGCCGUACAACGCUAUACAAGUCCGAAGACAUUUCGUACUGCAUAGCGGGACGCUGCGAGAAGUUCUCAUGCGAUAAUUCCACACAAAACUAUUACAAAUUGGAUCCGAACUUUUGCCAGCAGCGAAAGGCGUCACAAGCGCGUGCCGAGGAGUCGGAGAGUCGACGUUACAAUUCGGUGCAUACAACGGCUGUAGCUGGCAAUAAUAUAAAUUAUAAAAAUGUCAAUGGACACAGCAGCAGCAACAGCAAUAACAACAACAACCACAACAAUAACAUACCAACAUACAGCAUCUACGCGCCAACAACAUAUCGCAGUAAAUACGAGAAUGAGGUGGCCAUACGUGGUUUCCAUGGCCAGGAACGUGAAGUGCCCUACAAGCGCAAGUCGGACAUUUAUCAACCAUGGAAUAAAUACAGUUAUCCGCUACGCGACUCCGCCCAACCCAUUGCACAGCCGCAGCCACCGAAACCGCCACCUCCAGUCUCAGCAUCGCUGGUCGCUAUGGACACAGCAGUCUUAGCUCAGUCGGCUACAGCGGCUGCGGCAGCGCCGGAGUCGGCGGAGUGGAUUGUCAAAUCGGGUUGUCACUCCAGUUGCAUGGCCAAAUCGAUGGGCAUACAAGUGGUGACCUCGCGGCGUACCGGCGCCAAUAACAUACAGCUCUGCACGCACACCGCCAAACCUUGUGAACGUCUACUCUCAGCCACCGAGCACGCCGAGCACACUUGUGCGCGCUAUAAACUCAAAGUGCGCGGCCUCUCCGGUUAUGGCACGCAAAUAGCGGCCAGCGUCGACGAGCCGGAUAGAAGCUGUCGUGUGGGUUGUCAGGAUGAGUUUAUAAAAUACCGUUUUUAUUUGGUUAACGGCCGUUAUGGACACUUUCCAUUGGGCACCAAGUGCUCGCAUACAGAGGAACGUUAUUGCGUGAAUGGCAAAUGCUUGGAAUUUGGACCAGAUAAUAUACCGUUGCAACAGUCACACAUCAGUUUGGCGCUAUUUCGUAGUCGACGUUCUGCGCCGUCGCAGGAUAUAGUGGAGCGACGAGAGAGCGCGCAGACGGCUGUGCAGAGUAAUCGUCAGCGUCGUAGUUAUCUCUACUUCGACCCCGUCAAUAUUACGGAGACAAUCACACAAGAUUUCAUCAACAAUAUUGUAAAGAGUAUAAUGGAUUUUGAGCAGCAGGGUGUUGAGGAUGAGCUGCUCAUGCGCGAUCACAUCGAAUUCAAUAAUCCCAUACACAUAUCAACGGCGGAAGUAACCACGACGCAGCCGCAGCCGCAACAGACAACAUUGAAAGUUGCUUAAUCUGCACAAAAAUCGAAUUGCAAAUUAUUUAUACGUAGAUCUGCUUAAAAAAUUGUUUUAUAAAUACAUACACACGCUUAGUGGCAGUAUGUGUUGUACUGGGUGUACUGAGACAUAGAUAUUUAUACACACAUAUAUAUAUUUAGUUGUUACAAUUUGUACGCUAUUGUAGUGAUAUUUUCAUUUUAGGAUUUUAUAAAAAAAAAUCAUAGCUUUCGAAUUGAUCUUAAGUUUUUUUUCUAAUAAAAACAUUUAUUUAUGUACAUACAGCAUAUAUACAUACAUAUAUUCAUGACAUUAUAAGUAUUGUAGUACUUAAAGGCUUCACACGCGAAAAAAUGUGUUUAGCGUCUGCAUAUUUUAGAAUUUAGUUA